GCGCCGGGCGCGCAGCCCCUCGCCGCCGACUCCUGGAGGAACCUCAUCGAGCACAUCGGGCUCUUGUAUCAGGAGUAUCGAGAUAAAUCUACGCGCCAGGAGAUUGAAACCAGGCGGCUGCAGGACUCUCAGGCAGACCCGGAGGAGAAUUCAGCCGGUGAGGAGACUCCAAACGAAUCGGAAGCUGCAAGUACACCCGAGAGCAAAGCGGCCCCUCAGAUCAGUUCGCUAAGGAACUCCACAUCCCGCUUCAACUUAUGGCAGGAUCUUCCUGAGAUCCGGAGCAGCGGCGUCCUUAGCAUCCUCCAGCCAGAUGAGAUCAAGCUUCAGGAGGCCAUGUUUGAGCUGGUUACAUCCGAAGCCUCCUAUUACAAGAGCCUGAACCUGCUGGUGUCUCACUUCAUGGAGAACGAGCGCCUGAAAAAGAUCUUGCAUCAGUCCGAGGCUCACAUCCUCUUCUCCAACGUGCUUGACGUCAUGGCUGUUAGCGAGCGGUUCCUGUUGGACCUCGAGCAGCGGGUGGAAGAGAAUAUCGUGAUCUCAGAUGUGUGUGACAUUGUCCACCAGCAUACGGUUAAUCACUUCUCCGUGUACAUCACCUACGUCUCCAACCAGACCUACCAGGAGAGAGCUUACAAGCAGCUUCUCCAGGACAAGCCAGCUUUCCGGGAAGUGAUAUCACAGCUGGAGCUGGAUCCCAAAUGCAAAGGCCUCUCCUUUUCUUCCUUCCUGAUUCUGCCAUUUCAAAGGAUCACUCGGCUCAAGCUGCUAGUGCAGAACAUUUUGAAGAAAGUGGAAGAGAAGUCUGAGAGGGAGUCCACUGCCCUGGAUGCACAUAAGGAGCUGGAAACAGUCGUGAAAGCGUGCAAUGAAGGUGUCAGGAAGAUGAGCCGAACAGAGCAGAUGAUCAGCAUCCAGAAGAAAUUGGAAUUUAAAAUCAAGUCGGUGCCCAUCAUCUCGCACUCCCGCUGGCUCCUGAAGCAGGGGGAGCUGCAGCAGAUGAACGGUCCAAAGACAUCACGCACGCUCCGUACUAAGAAACUCUUCAGAGAAAUCUACCUGUUCCUUUUCAAUGACCUGCUGGUAAUUUGCAGGCAAAUUCCUGGGGACAAGUACCAAGUGUUCGACUCCGCAUCCCGGGGACUCCUGCGGGUGGAAGAGUUAGAAGACCAGGGGCAAAGCUUGGCCAACGUCUUCAUCUUGAGGCUGCUGGAGAACGCGGAUGACCGGGAGGUCAGCUACAUGCUGAAGGCAUCAUCCCAGAGCGAGAUGAAGCGCUGGAUGAUUUCGCUAGCCCCGAACCGGAGAACCAAGUUCGUUUCAUUUACGUCCAGACUUGUUGACUGCCCGCAGAUCCAGUGCGUCCACCCCUACAUGGCCCAGGAGCCAGACGAGCUGUCCUUGGAGCUGGCUGACGUCCUCAACGUCCUGGACAAGACGGAUGACGGUUGGAUAUUUGGGGAGCGUCUGCAUGACCAGGAGAGGGGCUGGUUCCCCAGUUCUAUGGGGGAGGAGAUCCUGAACCCCAAAAUCCGAGCACAGAACUUGAAGGAGUGCUUCCGGGUGCACAAGUCAGAYGACAGUCAGCGGAGGAAACUGGGCAGCCGAAAUCGCCAAUGACGGACGGCGCCCGYGAACAGCUCCCGGCGCGCAGGGACCGUCCGCCAGCCGGGGGAACGCGGCGGCGCCGCCGCAGGACACGGGGACCUGCCGAGACAGGCGCCUCUGAACAACCAGACUCUAGUUCCUGGGCUCCCCUCUCCCUGCUGCACUGAUCCUGUUCUAGAGACCAGUGCUCUGACCCAGGUGCGCUGUGAAGCUCCGGGGAGCAGCCCCCAGAGCAGGCAUUUGCUGCUGCACCCAAAGACGUUCUGGGGAGCUUAGGGCUCUCCUAGCACURCGCUUCAGGGAGCAGAGACCAAGGCAGCACCGUGGCCAGGAUGUGUCCCCCAGGGAUCCUGGUUCCCAGCCUCUGUGCUGUAGGGCCCAUUCUGCAGGGCUGACCCUUUAUCUGCCCUGCACGAGGCCCAGUGCCCUGCCUCCCCCGAGCCCAGCCUUGCACCCCUGCAUCCCUGCUGCUGCCUGCAGGAGCCUCGGAGCACAGCGGGGACCAGCCUGGAGGCUCCCAGCACCACUGGCCACCCUGGGCCAUGCAGUGCUCAGGAUGGAGCCGCACUACAGGCACACCAAGGGACACCGUGAACACUGGGCAAGUGACCUGCAGUGGAAAACUUGUGCAAACUGUUUGUGCACAGCCGGCAAGGCUGUGCAGGGUCUUCUUGAGCCCAUGAGGUGACGUUGAACCAGGAGGCAGUGAGGAGGCUGAGCACGCACUGCCUGCAUGCCUGUAACCCCUGCUACCCUGCAGUGUGCGCACGCCUGCCGUGCACCAGCGCAUCCCCAUGUACAUAGGCACCCCCUCUGCUGCCCGCAGAGCUGCAGGAUCACACCUCCUCGCAUGAGCACCCCAGGGCACAGCAUCGAGAGCCACCAGGGCAGGGCUCGAGCAUGAAGCAGCCCCUGCAGUGACCGCCUGUUCCAACAGCCCCAUGCUGCCGCAGCGGAUGUUUGGCAUCCAGCUGUGAUGCCGCAACGGAGGGUCGCUACAUUCAGCACUGGGAGCCGGCUCGGGGGAUAGGGAGUGGGCGCAGGGGGUUUGGGAGGUUGCAGCUGCCCUUAAAGGUCCCUGGAGGCACCACAGCCCAAGGACAGCUGGAGCAGUGUCAGCCCUGCUCCUGCCCCUACAGCUGCACUGCUGGAAAGCCAAUGGGGGCAUCGCUCCUUAUGCUGUAACCACAUCAAGAGCUGGGGGGCCUGGUCCUGAACCUGCCCCCACCACCUAUACCACCCUUGGGAAAUGGUUGGGCGGCCAGCCUCCCAUCUGGGCCCAAAGCAGGGGUUGGGAAGGGGAUGCCCCCCAUUUCAGGCCACCACAAAACAGCCCC